UUUAUGGUUCCAUCAAGUCAGUCUGCGACUAAGUUGAAAAAGGUUCCAAGCUUGCUGAGAUUGGUACAUCUCGUUUCUCUGAUGAUUCAUGAUCAGACCCUUAGGUCGAUUUCUUGGAAGAGUUGUGUUGCUUCCCUUUGUAACAAAUUUUAAACAGAUUACAUCUUUUAGGUUUCUUGAGCAUUGAUUCAAGUCUCUGUGAAUUGGGUCUUUUGCGGAAGAUGAUUGGGAGUCAAUGGGUUCAGCUGUCUACUUGCCCACCUGUAUCGCGCACUCCCCUGUUUGCCUUCCAGGGUGAGUCGUCCCUCAACUUCAUGCCAUAUAGACCAUUGAAGAAGCUCGUUCACGUCCGGGCGAGCUCAGCCGACACAGGGCAGAGUCCACCGGCGUCGUCCUCUUCGGAAAGGAAGAACCGACUUGCGGUUAUUUUGGAUGUCCCUGCGACUAUCUGGAGGCAAACUUUGCGUCCCCUUAGCGAUUUUGGGUUUGGUAAAAGGAGCAUUUGGGAGGGAGCUGUGGGUCUCUUUGUGGUUUCUGGGGCUCUUAUCUUCGCACUGAGUUUGGUUUGGCUGAGGGGUUUCUAUAUGAGAUCUCGAUUGAGGAAGUACCAGGCUGUGUUUGAGUUUGCUCAUGCUUGUGGCAUUUCCAUGGGAACGCCAGUCAGGAUCAGAGGUUUGACAGUUGGCAAUGUGGUUCGUAUCAAUCCUUCCUUAAAAAGUAUUGAAGCGGUCGUUGAGGUUGAAGAUGAGAAUGUAAUCAUACCUCGGAAUGCACUGAUUGAGGUGAAUCAAUCUGGCCUUCUUAUGGAGACUCGGAUUGAUAUUACUCCUCGGGAUCCAAUUCCGACACCUUCAGUGGGACCUCUUGAUCUUGAAUGUGUUAAAGAAGGUCUAAUUGUAUGUGACAGACAAAAGAUAUGGGCACAUCAAGGAGUAAGUUUUGAUGCAUUGGUUGGUAUAUUUACUCGCCUUGGUCGUGAAAUGGAAGAAAUCGGCAUUUCCAGAAGCUAUGAAUUGGUAGAACAAGUUGCAUCUGUUAUUCAAGAGGCAAAACCACUCCUUGCGAAGAUAGAAGCCAUGGCUGAAGAUGUUCAUCCUUUGCUUGCUGAAGUUUGUAAUAGUGGUCUUUUGAAGGAAGUAGAGAGUUUAACCAGGAGCCUCACAGAAGCAGCUGUGGAUUUGAGACGGGUGCAUUCAUCCAUCAUGACUCCUGAGAACACUGAGCUGAUUCAACAGUCUAUUUCUACCCUCAUAUUUACGUUGAAGAACAUUGAGAAUAUUAGCUCUGACAUUUUGGGUUUCACGGGUGACGAAGCUACAAGGCGCAACUUGAAAUUGCUCAUCAAGUCCCUUAGCCGAUUACUAUGAAGUGUAACUGAAAGGGCGAUGUAGCUUUACAAAAUGCACAACAGUAACGUGGAUUAUUUACAGGGGGGCCAUACACCCUGAUGUAAGAGAGGAACUCAACUAUGCCACCAAGGCCAUCUGUUAGUGUAUGCCGUUAAAAGAGAAAAAGGUAACUCAGCUUCGAGUUGUCCAGCAGAAAAUCUUUCUUAUUCUUUUGAGGUUGGCAGAAAAUCAAAAUUUGAUAGAUAUGUUUUUCCUUUUUCAGUUAAAUAAUAUUGAAAUUGGCUCUAUUUGCCUUGGCUUUUAUCUA